AUGUGCACUUCCACCACCCUCCAGCGGGAGGUGCUCCCCACCAACGUGACGCCGCUCCGCUACAACCUCACGCUCGAGCCGGACUUCUCGCAGUUCACGUUUGCCGGCGACUUGCUGAUCCACUUGCGCGUCAACGAGCCCACGCUCGAAAUCACCUUGAACUCGUUGGAAAUCGACAUCCACGCCGCGCACUUCAACGGCAGCGCCGUCGCCAGCAUCGCCUACGACGAGGACAAGCAGACCGCCACGUUUGCGUUGGGCGCCGAGGCGGUGCCCGGCCAGGACGCCGUGUUGUCCAUGUCCUUCACCGGCAUUUUGAACGACAAGAUGGCCGGCUUCUACCGCUCCACGUACACCGACGAGAACGGCCAGACCGCGUACUUGGCCACCACGCAGAUGGAGCCCACGGACUGCCGCCGCGCGUUCCCCUCGUUCGACGAGCCCGCGCUCAAGGCCAAGUUCGACAUCUCCUUGAUCUCCGACAGCGCCUUGGUGCACUUGUCCAACAUGGACGUCAAGGCCACGCACGAGCUCGCCGGCAACAAGAAGAAGACCGAGUUCCACUCCACGCCCUUGAUGUCCACCUACUUGGUGGCGUUCAUUGUCGGCGACUUGCGCUGCGUCGAGAACAACUCCUACAACGUGCCCAUCAAGGUGUGGGCCACGCCUGGCUCCGAGCACUUGGGCCAGUACUCCGCGGACAUCGCCGCCAAGACGCUCGCGUUCUUUGACGGCAAGUUCGACAUCCCCUACCCGUUGCCCAAGCUCGACAUGGUGGCCAUCCACGACUUCUCCGCAGGCGCCAUGGAGAACUUCGGCUUGAUCACAUACAGAACCGUGGACUUGCUCUUGGACCCGGAGAACACCAACGUCGACACCAAGCAGCGUGUCACCGAGGUCGUCAUGCACGAGUUGGCCCACCAGUGGUUCGGCAACUUGGUCACCAUGGACUUCUGGGAUGGCCUCUGGUUGAACGAGGGCUUUGCCACCUGGAUGUCCUGGUACGCGUGCGACGCCUUGUACCCAGACUGGAAGGUCUGGGAGUCUUAUGUGUCGGACUCCUUGCAGCACGCCUUGACUUUGGACGCCUUGAGAUCGUCCCACCCCAUCGAGGUGCCCGUCAAGAGAGCAGACGAAAUCAACCAGAUCUUCGACGCCAUCUCCUACUCCAAGGGCUCUUCUUUGUUGAAGAUGAUCUCCAGAUGGUUGGGCGAGGACGUGUUCAUCAAGGGUGUCUCCAACUACUUGAAGAAACACAAGUGGGGCAAUACCCAGACCUCCGACCUUUGGGAGGCCUUGAGUGACGUCAGUGGUAAGGAUGUUGUCAAGGUCAUGGACAUCUGGACCAAGAAGAUCGGGUUCCCCGUGGUGACCGUCGAGGAGUCGGGCUCCGAGUUGACACUCACCCAAAACAGAUUCCUUGCCACUGCCGACGUCAAGCCGGAGGAGGACGAGACGUUGUACCCAGUCUUUUUGGGCUUGAAGACCUCUGCCGGUGUCGACGAGUCUGCUGUCUUGAACGGCAGAUCCACCAAGCUUCAGCUCGAUGUUUCCGACGACUUCUUCAAGAUCAACGCCGACCAGGCUGGUGUCUACCGUACUGCUUACUCGCCAGCCCGCUGGUCCAAGUUGGGUGAGGCUGGUGUUGCUGGCAAGCUCUCUGUGGAAGACCGUGUGGGCUUGGUGUCCGAUGCUGCGUCCUUGGCGUCCUCUGGCUCCAUCAAGACCACCGACUUGCUCAAUUUGGUCAAGGCCUGGUCCAACGAAGACAACUACGUUGUCUGGGAGGCCGCCUUGGCGAGCAUCGGUAAGAUCAAGGCCUCUUUGAUCUUUGAGGAUGCUGCCAUCAACUCUGCUUUGAACCAAUUCACUCUCGACUUGAUCUCGAACAAACUCCUGGCCAUUGGAUGGGAGUUUUCCGACUCUGACUCAUUUGCGGAUGAGCAAUUGAAGUCCUUGUUGUUUUCUUCUGCCGUUGCCGCGGGCCACAAGGAGGCUGUGGAGUACGUCGACAAGGUCUUUGCUGCUUUCGUUGCAGGCGACAAUAAGGCCAUCCACCCCAACUCCAGGGCCGCGGUGUUCAACAGCGUUGCCAAGCGUGGAGACGCUAAGGUAUUCGACCAACUCUUUGCCAUCUACCUGAAGCCAGGCUCUGUCGAGGAGAAGAUUGCCGCUUUGAGAGCCUUUGGUAGAUUCGAGGACGAGCAGGUCCUCGACAAAGUUGCGUCCCUCUUGUUGCAGAGCAACGUUGUCAAGGCCCAGGACAUCUACAUCCCCAUGCAAGGCAUGAGGGCGCACCCAGUGGGAAUUGAGAAGUUGUGGGGCUGGUUCACCUCCAACUGGGAGGACAUCUACAAGUUGUUGCCGCCAGGAUUGUCGAUGUUGGGCUCCGUUGUGACCGUGGCCUCCUCCGGGUUCACGCAAGACUCGCAGAAGGAGAACGUCGUCAAGUUCUUCGAAGGAAAGAACACCAAGGGGUUCACCAAAGCUUGGCUCAGUCCUUGGACAUGA